AUGAGUGGCCCAGGGGCUGAUCGGCAAAAAGCAAUGGCAGCUGUACGCGCCAUGUUCGACAAGUACAAACUGCUUGCGGCAAAGCGGCCAAAAGAUCAUAUUGACUUUGACAACCAAGUCAUGAAUAGCCUGGAGCUCGUGGAUGCCACGCCCGACGGAACAGUGAGGUAUGAAAUGUUCAUGGCACCCAACUUCUCCAACCUGAACAAUGUCAUGCACGGUGGAGCUGCAGGCGUCAUAUUCGACAUGUCCACCACGACAGCACUAUGCCCUCUGGCGCGGCCCGGCUUCUGGGAAUUCAUGGGCGGCGUGACACGCUCGCUCAACAUUUCUUACCUCAAAGCCGUGCCGAUUGGAGUAACGGUCAGGCUCAACAGUAAAGUGGUGAGUAUAGGCAAGCAAAUGGCAAUGAUCAGAGGCGACAUGACCAGUCUGGACGGGAAGACGAUGUACUGCACAGUCGAGCAUCAUAAGGUGAAUGUGCCAGUACAGCCCGAACACCGUCUUGUCCGAACAGCGUGGGACGAUGAGUUUGAUAGAGAAUGGGCAGCACACGUGAAAAAGGCAGCCAAAGGUAAGUUAUAA